UUAAGGCAUACUAUGGAUGAAAACCACGGUGUGUACGAUCGUGAUGAAAACGCCUAUACGAAGAAACGUAUGGCUUCUAAGUAUAGUUAGUAUAUUGUGCGUGAAGGUUAGGAGCAGGUAAGCGAUCAAACGUGGGUUAGGUGAAAAUAACAGCUCCUAUCACAAUGUAGUGUAUAAUAAUGUUUUUGUGAUAUUACAAUAGUAAACGUAUAUCGAUAUACGCGUAGAUAAAACAUCCGUGUGAUUCACCACGGAAUACAUGGAUGUUGCGAACGGACAAAAGCCCCUCAGUGGGCAACCUCCUGCCACUGGUGGUUCAGGGAUGGAUAAGGGAAAAGAGUGGCAGAUGGAAUUGCUUAUGGAAAAAUUACGUUCCAAAGCUUCUACAUUCAAACCCUUGGUGGAAACUGCCAAAAAUUUACGAAUGGCAAUGUUGGAUAAAAGGUUUGCAAUUGAUAGUGCGGAAAAAAGCCAACUACAAAAAUGUUUGGAUACUUUGCAACAUUCCAUUAAAGUAACGUCUUUACAAUCCAUGGUAGAACGUUUGGAGAGUUUAACUAGACAAUUAGGCUUAAAGUUUAUGAUGUCUGGUCCACCAGGCACAGAAUUGUUUAUCUCCUCUGAUAUGUUCUUUUUGGAGGUUCUUUUGGAGCCAUCAGGUGUAGUUAAAGAUGUUAAAAUUCAUCACGAAGGGAAAAACGAACAACAGAGCUGUGACGUAUUGGUAUCUUGCUUGUCAAGAGGAGACUUUCUUGAUUUUACAGUACAAUUAGAAGGUUUAGCUUCAAUAUAUCAACUAAAUGCUGAUAAGAAGGUAAAAUGUAAAGCAUUUAGUGCUUUACAGUCACUGGAGGCUGAUCUGGGUAUCUUAGCUCAAUUGCAAACAUUUAUAAAAGAACCUUUUAAUCUUGUUCAUAAAAGCCCAGUUGGAAUCCUUGAACGAAGAAGAGGUGGUCAUGCUAUGAAGCUGACAUACUUUGUUUCUCCUUAUGAUUUAAUAGAUCAGGAGAAUCGUACCUGUGAUGCAUUGAAUUCAGAAAUAGUUAUCAAGCGGAAGAUUGGUCAUUCCGUUACUGUUUGUAUGGAAGGUUCGACUGCUCACAAGUUGCCUACAUCUAGUAUCAUAACUGUAAAUAGAAGUCCUACAGGAAAAAGUACUCCAUCAUAUGCUCCGUUAACUGGUACAAAUUCGUCGGUAUUACCUGCUUGCUUUGUAUUGAAGCUCGCCAAGAAAAUGCCGAUGUGCAUGGAACUAGUGCGUAGGAUACAGAAAGUAACAGAAUUAGAAUGUGGAGACAUAUCCGCUCCCCAUCCAUUACUUAGUUUAAUUAUUCAACAUGCCAGUGAAGGACAACAGGAUUGUCGGAAUAACAGAGGACUUUAUGUUACUUUACCGGAUCAACAGCACUGUUAUUUCAUGACAGAGAACAAAAAUAUGGAAGGUGUGUUAGUGUGUAGUAUUCCUUUCACUCAUCCGGCGCAUGUUCCACAAAUCUUGGUAUACUUGCGUCAACAAGCGCUCUUUAAUACGUUAAUCGCUAGUUGCGUUAGACCUAUGGCUCGGCAAGAUCCAGAACAUGCAACUAUAUUCGAAGUAAGCGCUUUAUCAUGGCAACACAUAUCGGUAAGUUUGGAGCAUCCUUUCGAGGAGACAAUGGCAACAGCAGAAUUGGAUUUGACGGAUAUCUCUGCGCUUAAGUGCAAAUUGUAUGGCAUAAGUAUAACAAACACGGAACAAACGUCAGAUCUGACGGGAAAAGUCUUGCAGAAGUGUUUAAGUAUACCUCUGACAAUGAGAAUUCUUAUGAAGUCGUGGGAGAGUCGUGACUCUUUAAGUACGAUGAACAAUUUGAAUAGCGGAAAUGGAAGCUAUAAUGUAAAUCUCGGUUCCGGAAAAGAUCAGAACAGUCAGAAUGGUUCCGGGAUGCCCGACUUUACUAAUGGAGAAACGAAAAUCAAACAGGAACCUGGGUUGAAUAAUGGAAAUGGAACAAUGGGGAGGCAACAAUUGUCGCAACAGCAGCAGCAACAACAGCAACAACAACAACAGCAGUCUUUUUUAGAUGCCGGAACGGAGAAUAGUAUCGGGUUUCCGUCGUAUUCCGGCCAAUCCGAUACCGCGACUACUGCUAUGUUAAAUCCAUUACAAUUGGGAGCGUUACUUGGACAGGCAAAAAACUCUAUGACCAAUCCAAUGAAUGAACGUACAAAAAAAACACGUAAAAGAAAAACCGCGGAUGGUAUUUGGCGAAGUCCCAAAAGAAAGGGAGACGAGAGUGCUGAAAUAUUAUUAGAAAGCUCUAGUUCAGAUUCUACGCCCCUAGGUACACCAACCGGUGGUAGAGAAAAUUUAAACGAAACAAGAACGUCUACGCCAACAUCAGCUACGAGCUUAACUAGUGGUUUGGAUUUUUCUAAUUUGGAUCCAACGGAUAUUUUAGGAACGGAUAAGAGCUCUGAUUAUGACAUUGACAACGAAAGCGAGAUAACGGAAGUUCACGAUUUGCAAGAUGUGGAAGAAUUGAUCAAGCGCGAUCGCAAAUCGAGGAAGAGAGAGGAGAAAAAGAGCCCGAUUAUUUUUGAAGAAAACAAAAGUCUGGUGCCGCCAUCCGUAAGUAUAACGCCAAUUUCAAGCAGUAGUUUGGGUCAGACUACGAACUAUAACUCUGUACUUACGGGGAUGGGUUUGGAAAGGAGGCCAGGCAUUGAAAUAAUACCAAUAGCAUCGUCACCGCAAACCACUUUACCAAGCUCUAUUACCAUAACCCCAAUAGCUGGGCCGACACAGUCGAAAAAUUUGACGGAUGAACGUAGAGAACGAAAAAGUUCCAAGGGCAAGUCGACAGAGGAUAAGGGGAAGUUGGAAAAAAGGCGUAAGCGUAAGAGAGAGGACAGCCCUAUGGGACCGCCGCCGGAUAAAAUACCAUCUAAACAAGAUCCUUUGUCGAAACCAGUUUCAGUGAGCAUAAAACCGACUGAAUCGCCGCCAAAUUUGAGUUCACGACCGUCAUCACCUGCCGCGACAUUACGAAAAUUUAGUCCGUCUCCGACGCACACCAGUCCACUUGCUCUCGUAGGUAAGUCCAGUCCUACAUUGAAACAGUCAACAAACAAGCCAGUGCAAAGUCCAAAGCACUCUCCGGUCUAUAGCAGUAGUCCCAAACAUACGCCAGUACCUGCGAGUGUGAGUCCGAAACACGGCACUUCGUCACCAAAGCACGGCAGUUCAGCGAGCACCGGUAAGCCGAGUAUGUCUGCGCUGAAAUCUGCGGCGAAUUCACCAUCUAGUAAAACCACUGAUUCUGGACAAUCAAAAAUAAAAUCUUCGUCGUCGUCGAGCAAAGACUCCAAUCGAGAGAAGGAGAGAAAAACAUCGUCUUUAGCCUUCGGUGGAUCGAGUGGUCAUCAGAGUCCGAAGACGAAGUCUUCCAGUGGUAAGUUAAAACAACUGGAAUUAAUUCCUAGCGGGGAAACGCAGUCUACUUUGCCUAGUAGUGGAGGCAGCACACCACCAUCGGGCAAUUCUGAACUUGGAAAGUCAGCCAUCGCCCAACAAGCGAGAAAUAGAAAGGGCUCGUUGAGUGCCGUUAUCGAUAAGCUGAAGAACGCUCAGCAUUGUACGGAUGAUGGUGGCAACGGUGGGACGAAGUCAGCAACUAGUGGAAGUGGUAAUUCAAGCGGUCAGAAAGAAAGAAACGUCGGAAGCUCCUCGAAUAAGACCGCAGAAGGAAAGUGUAUUAGUAAAAAUUCAUCUAUGGAUACGAAAAAUCCUGCAGAGUAUAUGGUAAAGCAUAGUUCCGAUGGAAUGAAGAUAACAAUUAAUAAAACUCGAACGAAAGAUUCCAAGUCUGGUACGAGUCUUAAAUUGUCUUCUUCCUCGACGUCUGUCGCUACUGGAACGUCUUCGAGUUCGUCCACGUCGUCGACAGCCAUAUCAGGUAAUGGUUCUCCGAAAACACACACUGGUUUGAAGCCAGGGGUAAGUUCCGGUCCUGCAUCAAAGAAACCAUCGUCUCAAACAUCCCCAAAGCUAUCUGGAUCCUCCUCUUCCGGUUCUGGCGGUAGUAGUGGAAACAAAGCAAAUCUCAUAGGACAAAAGAUGUUGUCUGCCUUGAAGUCUAUUUCAGGGUCGAAUUCUGGAAGCGGUAACGGAGCUGGAGGAAUCAGUGUUGGGAGUAGCGGUAGUAGUGGAUUACUUUCUAAAAAUGUGAUGUCCUCUAAAUCUUCUUCGAGUUCUCCGAAAACAGCAAGUUCCGGUGUGACGGAUCUCAGUCGAAAUCGUGAUAAAUCCCGAUUAUCAAAGUCUAGCGACAAAAGUAUAUUUCCUUCAAAAGGAAUCGGGGAUACUAGAAAAUCAAGUCCGUCAGGAUUACGAGAGGAGAGCGAGAGCGAAAGAGCGUUCAAGCUGCUGGCUGCUCACGCUUCCAUGUCGAAUCUAUCGAAUUUGCCCAAUUUACCGCCGCAGUUAGUCGUCGAAGGUCUCAUGAAACAGUUAGAUACUAAGUUCCAGAUACCCAAAUUGUCCGCUAGAGCUAACGCAGACUCUAGCGACAAGAAAUCAGAGAAAUUAUCCAUGCUUCCAGAUAGUGGAAAAGCGUUGGACAAUCUUGCCACGAAACAGACGUCGGAACAGGGGAAACUACAAACUUUAUCGAACACGUCGAGCACCGCUUCUAAGACAGCCUCAGAGGAUCAAUCGAGCCAGGGUAGAAGAGACCAUGUACAAACGAAACCUGACAAUCUUUCCAUGACAAGCGCUGCCUCCGUAAUAAAUCUCGGUACGGAUAGUACCAGUAACCUUCUACUUCCUAGUUUAUCUAGUGGAAGCUCGCACGAUUUGGACGUUCCUACGAAUCUCUCGAUGCAGUCAACCGAGAACGAAUCCCGCGACAAAGAGCCACCGAUGAGUAGGACUAGCACGCAAUUUCUGAGUAGCAGUUUAAAUUCCACUGUUGUUGGUAAAGACGAUACCAGUGGUCCGGUAAUGGCCGUUCUAUCCAAAGCAUCUGAUUCACAGCCUAAUAGUAAAUCCGUCUACCCCACGAUGAUGACGACAGGCACGAUAACUAGCGGAAAUGGUACAGCUACAACGAGUUCCGGUAGUGGAACCUCAGAAAGCUUGAAUUUAAGUAUCAAGCCAGUGGACGUUACGAUGACAAAGUACAAAUCCGAGGAGAAGAAGCAACAAUCAUCGCAGCAGUCUCAGCAGCAGCAACAGUCUCAACCACCUCAGCCGCAACAGCAACAAUCUCAACAACAAACGUCACAGUCACAACAGUCUCAGCAGCAACAAAUACAAACACCGCAAGUUCCGUCUUCCGGAGGAUCUUCCUCUUCGUCUUCGUUGGGAACAACGAUGUCUUCGGAGGGUUCGUCAAGUACGAUGAAGCCUCCUGGCACCGAGAUACCUACAACGACAUCUCAAGAAGCUGCUGAAAUGCUUCUGGACUUUUCUACGCCGAAGGAAGUAGCUAAGAGCCUGAACUUCACCAGUAUUCCCGAGCGGGCCAUGACCCAGGCAGCUUCGGUUCGCAGGAACACGCCACCACCUCCACCGCCUGCUUUUCCAGCAAGUCCUUCCGUGAGUGUGCACAUCGUGAAAAGUCCUGCACCCUCGCCGAGGGUCAUCCCGCCCUCGCCUCACUCCGCUUCGCCGUGCAUCACCGAUGACGAGCUGAUGGACGAGGCGCUGGUGGGAAUGGGCAAAUGAAGGUUACUGAAACUGUAGAUUUAAUUUUAGCCGCGACUGGUACAGGGUGUCCUGAAAGGCUGGCUGACUGGCUGCUGUUGAAUUAGUCGGUCCUGCUUCGCUGUGCUCCACGUUUUCGACCGCUCUUUCUCAAAUAUGAUAUCGUGGUGCACAGCCUGGAAUUGUCGUCGAGUUAAUUGGCGCUCCUCGAGUUUUUGAAACAUUGGGUGAAGGAAUGUCUUUAUGAGGAUUGUUAACAAUUUGGUAUCUUUGUUGUAUCUAUCUUUUUAUUUCACUUUGGUUCUCUUUGAUCAGUAGAGAGUAGAGAUAAAGAAUGAAGCUCACAGGCGAAAAAUAUGGUAAGAUAUUUCUCGUUUUUUUAUAGAGGAGCAAUUUUGAAAUUCAAUUUCUUGACAUUUAAUUCUACAUCAAAGCCAUCUUUGUGCAUUUGAUUUUGAGAUUAAGUAUAUAGAUUUCUCACCAUCUUGAAUGUAUAAAAGUAUUAAUAAUGUUAGUUAGUUAGUUAUAUAGACUAUUAUUAAUUAAAUUAAAAUGACAUAGAGUUUAUAUCUCUUCGAAUCUAUCAGGUUAUGUCCUUUUUUAGCUAUUUCAUAUAAAAAAAUUUCUUUUUAGUUAACAACUGAUAUAAAAAUCAGGAAACCAAUAAAAGUAAAGUCAUAUCUUUCUUGUGUGAUCUUCAAAUGUCAUGGAAAUAUAAUUGUUUUAUGUAUAAAGGUAGGAGGAUUGCUAGUUUUUGUUCAAUCUUAUCUUUGAUGAUUUUAAGCGAAAAUGUAUGUGUUUGUAUUUGAGUGUUUAUUACUGCAUGUUAUUUACAAAGAUAUGAAAGAUCGUUGUAUCCAAAUUUAGUAUUCAACAUCGUUUCGUAUUAAUUAUUAGUAUUGAUCGAUGCUGCCCAGUCUACAAUUACUUACUUCUUACGCUUUCUUGAUAAUAUCCAAAUAAAUUUAUGAAACUGGCUAAUUACAAUCAGAUGUGAACAAAGCAGAUCGUUCUGAUCUUAGAUUAUUUAAAUUUUUUAAAUAAUUAAUUUUAUCUAAUCUGUAGACUACGAGAGAUUGAUGAAUGAUUUGAUUUGAUCGAGCCUGUUACCAAUUCCAACAUUGAGUACGUGUAAAAGUAAAUAUCUUUUCUUACCAUAUUUUAUUUUCUUUAACUAGACAAAUAUCUUUGUAAAUUAAUAUCCAUUUACACAAACAUUUUCGCUCAAAUUAUGUACGUUUUGUAAAUUAUGAAAAUAUUAUUCAGAAUCUUACUAAUGUUAGAAGAAUUUGUAUAUUCGAAAAUAUAUCUUCCUACGAGUUAUGCGUUAAGAAUUCUCAGGUGAGCGCAUUACUUAUGUUUCUCAAAGGUUAAAUAAUUGAUAAAUGUCAGAAGGGGACACCCUGUAUAUAGCAGAGAAUUUUCACUUCUCCUAAAAUGUCCUGCCGAAUAUAAAUAUAAUUUACGUCCCCGUAUGCGAAUCUCGAGCAAGUUUAAUUUUCUUAUGCAUAUGUACAUAUAUACAUAUAUAAGAUAUACAUAAGAUAUAUAUAUAUAUAUAUAUAUAUAUA